AUGGCGGCUCGGCAGAGGGGCGAGAACUACAGAGGAUUCGUCCUCCUUUCCAUAUUCCUGGGGACCUGGUGGGAAGCCUGGGCAGGACAAAUUCUCUACUCCGUGACAGAAGAGACAGACGAAGGGUCUUUUGUGGGUCAUAUAGCAAAGGACCUGGGUCUGGAACCCCAGGAGCUGGCGGGGCGCGGAGUCCGCAUCGUCUCCAGAGGUAGGACGCAGCUUUUCUCUUUGAACCCGCGAAGCGGCAGCUUGGUCACCGCAGGCAGGAUAGACCGGGAGGAGCUCUGCGCCCAGAGCGCGCGGUGUCUGGUGAGUUUUAACAUCCUUGUUGAGGAUGAAAUGAAACUUUACCCUAUAGAAGUGGAAAUAUUGGAUGUUAAUGACAAUGCUCCUAGAUUCUUGAUGGAAGGAAUAAACGUAAAAAUAAUGGAGAAUACAGUUCCUGGGAUGCGGUUUCCGCUAAAUGAGGCUGGAGAUCCAGAUGUGGGCACGAACUCCCUCCAGAAAUACCAGCUCAGCCCCAAUCGCCACUUCUCCCUGGUUGUGCAAAAUGGAGACGAUGGAAAWAAAUACCCAGAAUUGGUGCUGGAGCAGGUGCUGGACAGAGAGGAAGAAAUGACUCACCACCUGGUCCUCACAGCUUAUGAUGGUGGAGAUCCACCCUUAUCUGGCAUCCUGAAUAUCCAAGUGACAGUAGUGGAUGUGAAUGAUCACACACCAGUCUUCUCUCUACCCCAGUACCAAGUGGCUGUACCUGAGAACGUACCAGUGGGCACAAGACUUCUCACAGUAAAUGCAAUUGACCCAGAUGAGGGAGUCAACGGGGAAGUGACAUAUUCUUUUCGAAAAAUAACUCCAAAACUUCUACAGAUAUUCCAUCUGAACUCCCUUACAGGAGAAUUAUCAACUUUAGAAAGCCUGGAUUAUGAAGAAUCUAGCUUCUAUGAAAUUGAAGUUCAGGCUCAGGAUGGUCCUGGUAGUCUGACAAAAGCUAAAGUAUUAAUCACAAUUUUAGAUGUAAAUGACAAUGCUCCCGAAGUGACUUUGAUGUCCAUAAGCAACUCAAUUCCUGAGGACACACCUCCUGGGACAGUAAUUGCUCUUUUCUACCUCCAAGACAGAGAUUCUGGAAAGAAUGGAGARGUGACUUGCACUCUUCCAGAAAAUCUGCCUUUUAAGUUAGAAAUAUCAAUAGAUAAUUAUUAUAGAUUGGUCACAGCAGAAAACCUGGACCGGGAAAAACUCUCUUUGUACAACAUCACACUGAAAGCCAUAGAUGGUGGGAUUCCUCCUCUGUCCACAGAAACACACAUCUCCAUACAUGUGGCAGACACCAAUGACAACCCACCUACAUUCUCUCACUCCUCUUACUCCAUCUACAUCCCUGAGAAUAACCCCAGAGGUGCCUCCAUCUUCUCAGUGACUGCACACGACCCCGAUAGCGACAAGAACGCCCAGGUCACUUAUUCCUUGGAUGAGGACGCCACCCAGGAGACAUCAGUGUCCUCCUACAUCUCCAUCAACUCUGACACUGGUGUCCUGUAUGCACUUCAAUCCUUUGACUAUGAGCAGUUUCGCAACCUACAACUGAGAGUGACUGCACAUGACAGUGGGGACCCACCUCUCAGCAGCAAGGUUUCAUUGAACCUGUUUGUCCUGGACCAGAAUGACAAUGUGCCGGAGAUUCUGUAUCCCACUCUCCCCACAGAUUGGUCCACUGGGGUGGAGUUGGCUCCCCGCUCUGCAGAGCCUGGUUAUCUAGUGACCAAGGUGGUGGCAGUGGACAAAGAUUCAGGCCAGAAUGCUUGGCUGUCCUACCGCCUGCUCAAGGCCAGUGAUCCAGGGCUUUUCUCUGUGGGGCUGCAUACUGGUGAGGUACGCACAGCACGURCCCUUCUGGACAGAGACACACUCAGACAGAGCCUGGUUGUGGCUGUCCAGGACCAUGGUCAACCACCUCUCUCAGCCACUGUCACAUUCACUGUGGCUGUGGCUGACAGCAUACCAGAUGUCCUGUCCGAAUUUAGCAGCAAUGGGACGCUUAUGGACCCCAGUGAUUCAGAUCUUACACUCUACUUGGUGGUGGCAGUGGCCACUGUCUCCUGUGUUUUCCUUGUCUUUGUUAUUGUGCUGCUUUUACUCAGACUGCAGCGCUGGCACAAGUCACGCUUGCUCCAGGGCACAGGUGGUGGGUUGGAGGAUUUGCCUGCCUCACACUUCAUGGGCAUGGAUGGGGUGCGCACUUUCCUGCAGACCUAUUCCCAUGAGAUCUCCCUCACAUCAGAUUCUCGGAAGAGCCACAUUAUCUUUCCCCAGCCCAAUUAYGUGGACACACUCAUCAGCCAGGAAAGCUGUGAGAAAAAUGAUUCUUUGUUAACAUCCAUAGAUUCCUCGCUCAUGUUAGGCAAGUGCUGCACUACU